UCUGGUAUCUAUUUUCGUUUUUUUUGUCUGCAAGUUUCAGUUUCUUUACCAAGUCCACCCCUCUUCUGAGAGUCCUCUCUCCAGUCUCCCCCACUCCGCAAGAGCAAAUAAAACGUUCGCAAGAAAGAGAGAAAACACAACCUUAGCUUUUAACGAGGAUCGCCAAUCUGUGGUUUUGGCUACUGAGAUUGUGUCAACCCCAAAAUGUUCAUACCUGCCAACUGUCAGAAGAAGGCACAGAAUGAGAAAUCAAACUGAAUUGGUUAUUGGUGUCUCGGUUGGUCUGGCUAUUGGUGUCUUACUAGCAUUGUGUGCAUUUAUUGGCAUAAGGUGGUACAAAAAACGGUCUAAUCUUCGACGCUGUUCAAAUGAUCGUAAUAUAACUACUCUCCCUAUUCGUAUGAAUGGCAUAGGAGCAAGUAUUGACUCCAGUGCAUCUCUUUCAAAUUCCAUAACUAUUCCUGUCCCGCAGCACCUUCCAGAAAACACCCAGCGGUUCAGGUGGAACCGUCACAAGAAAGAUCAGUUUGCAUCAACAUCUGGCAUUCUGAGAUUCGCGUACAAGGAUAUUCAAAAAGCCACACAGAACUUCACUACUAUUUUAGGACAGGGUUCAUUUGGUCCAGUCUAUAAAGCUACAAUGCCAACAGGUGGAGUGGCAGCUGUUAAAGUGCUUGCAGCUGACUCCAAACAAGGGGAGAAAGAGUUCCAAACAGAGGUACUUUUGCUAGGUAGGCUGCAUCAUCGUAAUCUGGUGAAUUUGGUCGGGUAUUGUGUGGAUAAGGGUCAGCACAUGUUGUUAUAUGAAUUUAUGAGUAAUGGGAGCUUGGAAAACCUAUUAUAUAGUGAAGGUGAGCAAGUUUUGAGCUGGGAUGAAAGGCUUCAAAUUGCUUUAGAUAUUUCACAUGGAAUUGAAUAUCUUCAUGAUGGGGCUGUGCCACCUGUAAUACAUCGGGACCUGAAAUCUGCUAAUAUAUUGUUGGACCAAUCAAUGAGGGCCAAGGUUGCUGAUUUUGGUCUGUCCAAGGAAGAGGCCUUUGAUGGCAGAAAUUCGGGCCUGAAGGGUACAUAUGGUUACAUAGAUCCCGAGUACAUCUCUAGUAACAAAUUCACAAAGAAAAGUGACCUCUAUAGUCUUGGAAUCAUCCUCUUCGAACUAAUUACAGCAAUUCACCCACAUCAAAACCUUAUGGAAUACGUCAAUCUGGCAGAAAUGAGUCCAGAUGGUGUGGAUGAAAUACUUGAUAAGAAACUUGUAGGGAAAUGCAACCCUGAGGAGGUUAGGCUCCUUGCCAGCAUUGGUCACAGGUGCUUGCACAAAACCCCACGAAGGCGUCCAUCAAUUGGAGAUGUUUCACAGGCUAUAUUGAAGAUAAAAAAGCGACGCCUCAGCAAAGAAGAUACCAUGUCUUUUGCUCUUGCAGCAGAUGUUACACCAGUGAUAAAGCGGAUAGAGCAUCAGCAAGUGGAGCUUAGUAAGUUGACAAGCAUGAACAAUGGAGUACAAGAUUAAGUGACUAACCCAAAAUUGGCCAUUUGACUAUAAUUUUUUUGCUUGAUAGUAAAUAUACCGACAACGGGAGAUGAUCCCUAAAUAUAGAUCAAAGGACUUGAUUUAGGUAUAGAUGAGAUUCUACACUUGCACUGAGGCAUGCAUUUUGUAUCGCCGAAUUUCCAUGAAGAUUGAACGGCUAUAAUGAACAAUGUAAGAGAUGCGAAAACGUGAAGGUACUCAUCUUGAUCAUUUCAAGUUGGAUCAAUCUUCCUCCUUCAAAA